CUUAAUCAUCGUUGAAGAAUAGCUCAGAGAGAACCUGUGACCUGUAGAAUUCAAAAUCCAAAGAAAAUGGUAUUUUACGGCCCAAAAAAAUUACGAAAAAGUCAUCCAAUAAUAAAUUGGCCCAAACUGGUGCUCAAUGCACUUAUCAUCCGUGAAGAAUAGAAUCAAUAGACUUCAUUAUCGGUUGGGAAUAGCCUCGGCCUAAUUCCCUGAUCUGUAGCCUCCGUAAUCGAAAGAAAAUGGCAUUUCAGAAAAAUCACAAGAAAUCUGUGAUGGGUGGACUUAAUCAUCGUUGAAGAAUAGCCUAAGGCAGAAUCCAUGAUAUAUAGCCUUCAAAAUCAAAGAAAAAUACAUUUCUCAAAAAAAUCGUCCAAAAAAUUAUGAAAAAGUCAUGCCAAACUAAAUUUGCACAAUUCGGUGCUUAAUGGACUUAAUCAUUGGUGAAUAACAGGACCAACAGACUUCAUCAUAGUUGAAGAAUAGUCUCGAGCUGAAUCUGUGAUCUGUAUCCGCCAAAAUCGAAAGAAAAUGGCAUUUUAGACAAAGCACCCGAAAUAUUUGAUGGUACCCGUUUGGAAUCUGUCAAAAAUGGUCCAGGGAGAACUCCUCACAAAUCGGUGCUUAAUGGACUUUAUCAUUGUUGAAGAAUUACCUCAGGCCGAAUCCGUGAUUUGUUACCUUCAAAAUCCAAGAAAAAUUGUUUUUUUAAAAUAGAAUCACUUAAAAAAUUAUGAAAAUGUCAUCCAAAAAUAAGUUGGCCAAAUUUGGUCGUUAGUAAACUUAAUCAUUGUUUGAGAAUAUGAUAAAUAGAUUUCAUUAUCGUUGGAGAAUAUCUUGGGGGUGAAUUUGUGAUCUGUAGCCUUCAAAAUUGAAAGAAAAUGGUAUUUUGAAAAAUCGCUCAAAUUCAGUGAUGUACCAUUUAGAAUCUGCCAAAAAUGGAUCCCGGAGGAAAUUCAUCCAAAUCGGUAAUUAAUGGACUUAAUCAUCGUUGAAGAAUAGCCUCAAGCAGAUUUCAUCAUUGAUGGAGAAUAGGCCAUCCCAAAAUUACCAAAAUGCUAUCGCAAAGUAAAUUGACUCAGUUAAGUGCUUGAUAGACUUAAUCAUUGGUGGAUAAUAGGAUUGACUCACUUCUACUGUCACUCCAGGAAUUGGCCAAGUGAAACCACUUCCUAAAGCGUAGUAUAGCGGGUUUGGGUUUAAUUAUCAACCCGGGUCCUAGUCCUGAUGACUACUCAGUGAAUUCUUGUUAUCUAGCAAUGAAACUUGAAUGCAAGUCUAAACUAUCAAACAAACAAAGCAAGUAAACUGUUGUAUUCAGGUUAAGAGAGGUCACCCGGAUAUAGUUCCCCCCAGACUGCAGUUAAGCCGGAUUGUAAUUACCAAGUUCAGUUUCUAUGAAAGUUAUACUGCAGAAGGUUCUUAAACAGCCUGAAGUCUCGACUAAAGGUCUUCAGACCCUCUCAAUCUGAAUCUCUAGCGGGCGACUAACCUCCACCGGAGUAGACAGAUUGAGGCCCUAAGAACGAAACCUCCACUACCGGAGUAAAUCCGGUACAGAAUAGUGAGUUGGUUCCUCGACUAAAGUCACCAACUCCCUACCUUCAAUCAAGGAUACUCUAUUAACCUAGGCAGAUAUUCUCAUUCUAGGUUAAAGCAGAAACAACAGGAAUUUGAUCAUGAUUCAAGUCAUUCAAUCAUUAAAACCUCAAUCGAAUAUAAUCAAUCAUAGAAUCAGUACUUGGGUUCAUACAAUCAAACCUAACAUACAAAUCUAGGGUUCUCCAUACCCAGAUGAAUGGGAGAACUACUCCAUGGAGAAGAAAGCAAAAGCAGAAUCAGACGCGGAAUUCAUACUGUGAAGGAUGGAUUCCUGCUCCUGGACGUUGAUCGGCACUUCUCCAAGCUCAAACUGGCCUCCAAUGGUGUUGAAGAUCAAGCUAGGGCGCUUGGGAACUCUUGUUCAUCGCUUUCUCUCUCUAGGAACUUAUCUCUCUCUCUAAAACUCCAAUCCCCUUCUGUUUGGCUGAAAAUCUGCUUAAAAAGGCAUCAGUGGCCAAAGCACGGUCGAGGGCACGGCCGUGCUUUGCCUCAGCCCGCCCGUGCUUUGGCUAGGGUUAAUUACACGGCCAUUGUGUUGGUGCAAACACGGCCGUGCUUUGGGAGAACAAGCCCGUGCUUUGGGAGAACACGCCCGUGCUUUGGUAGAACACGCCCGUGCUUUGGGAGAACACGGCCGUGCUUUGGUGAAGCACGCCCGUGUUUUGGCCAAUGUGGUCCAAACUCGAAUUAGCUCUCGGCAGUAAAAGCACGGUCACAGAACACGGCCGUGUUCUGUUUUAGGUGUGCCCGUGUUUUGGCUCCAGCUCACCGAAAUGACUUCCGAAUGCCCCGAAACUCGUGCUUAGCCUUUCCUUUGACGCCAGGGACCUGAAAUAUGACAAAAUAGCACAACCCGGCGUAAAAUAGGCACACCUAAAACACACGACUAUGCCCCUCAAACGGAUAAGAACUAGGGGCGCAAAUUCGUGCAAUUACAUCGUUAUCAAAUAGGAUCAAUAGACUUCAUUAUCACUAGAGAAUAAUCCUGAGCUAAAUCCGUGAUCUUUAGCCUCCAAAAUCGGGUGAAAAUGGCAUUUCGGAUAAAUUGUCCGAAAUCUAUGAUGGAACCCCUUCGGAAUCUGCAAAAAAUGGACCCGGAGAAAUCCGCCCAAAUCGGUGAUUAAAGGAAUUAAUCAUUAUUGAAAAAUAGCCUCAGGCCGAAUCAGUGAUAUGUUGUCUUCAAAUACAAGGAAAAUGGCUCGAAAAAUUACGAAAAUGCCAUUCCAAAAUAAACUGGCCUAUUUUAAUGCUUAAUGGACUUAAUCAUCGGUGGAGAAUAGGAUCAAUAGACUUCGAUAUCGGUGGAGAAUAGCCUCUGGAAUAAUUUGUAAUCUGUAACCUUCAAAAUAGAAAGAAAAGGGAAUUUCUGAAAAAUCACCCAAAAUAUGUGAUCGUACCCCUUUGGAAUCUGCCAAAAAUGGACCAGGGAGAAAUCCGCCCAAAUCGUUGCUUGAUAGAUUUAAUCAACGUUGAAGGAUAUCCUCAGGCAGAAUCUGUGAUCUGUAGCCUUCAAAAUCUACGGAAUCUGUCAAAAAUGGACCUGGAAGAAAUCUGUCCAAAUCGGUGAUUAAUGUAGGGAUGGCAACAAAACCCGAAACCACGGGUACUCACCCGACCCAACCCAGUCAACGCGGGUAAAAUCCGUGUUGACGGGUUUUGGGCCGGGUUUGGGUUUAAACCCGUUCACUAUUCACCGGGUUGGAUUGGGUUUUGGUUUAGGUAAACCCGCCCCAUGGGUACCCGGCCACACCCUUAUAAUUAAUUUUCUCGGUAUAUUUAAUAUUCUAAACAACUAAUCUUAUUUAUAUUUGUGGAGACAUGUGUAAUUUUUUCUUUCUAAUUGUGUAGAAUGAAGUUGAUAUUAUCGAGUGGAGACUGAACAAAAUUAAUUGAAAGGAAGAAGCUUUCAAUUAAUCGUGUUAUUUAUGGAUAAUUUGUGAUUUGCUUCAAUUUUCUUGAAUUUUCUAGAUUGGUGUUGAACAAUUUGUAUAGUUAAUUUGUGAUUUGCUUGAAUUUUCUAGAAUGGUGUUUCAUAUAUGGAUAAUUUGUAUUGAGAGAUUGAUAUUUGACUUUAAUUUUGAUAGGAACUUGUUAUUGUAAAUUUUUUACGACAAAAACUUGUGGGUACUGGGUACACAUGAACCCGCGGAUAGGGGUGAACAAACACACCCGUAAACCAACCCACCCGUCCAACCUGACCCAACCCACCCGUAUUUAUCGCUAAAACAAGAUUUCGGGUUGGGUGAGGGUUUUCUUUUGUACAAUCCGCCUCUAUUGGGUUGGGUUUGGAUUUUGGAUUACACAACCCGUAGAACCCGACCCAACCCGUGUUCCAACUAUUGGUAGGAGUUCGUAUCCAAAAAUAUUUAUGUCAUUUAUAAUUAUGCUAAAUUAAGAUAUUUCACCAUGUUUUUCUCUCAUGGUCUCCCUAAUUUAAUGCAUUCUUAGGUUUAAAGUUUAGACAUAAAUUUAAUAUAGCUAUGAUUCACGUAUUCCUUUUUCUUGUGUACAAUUUUAAUAGAAUAACUUAUUAUGGGUGCAUUCGUUUUUAACCUUUUUAGCCUAUUUUAACAAAUAUCGUGAAAAAAAGUAGACAUAUGUUGAAGUAAAUCACAUUUUAUUAAAAAUGAAAUGACAUUUGUGAA